AUGCCUAAAAGCAUUGAUCAACUGGUGGCAGGCUGCGCCAGAGGAUUUGAGCGCCUAGAACAGAAACCGAGAUACCCGACUAUCGUUAGCGUUACCAAACCUGAUGAGAUUGCGAGAUUCAAGACCUUGCUCAGUCGAUUCAAUCGUUGGACAAGAAAUGCCGAAACACACUCACUUGACCAGGCAUUACAAGACAACACGCGUAUCAAGCUCCAAGUCAUCCGGCUUUUGAGCCAUAUCCAGAGAUUACUUCGAGAUGCCCACGAUAUCACAGUCGGGGAUCAAGUACCUUGGGAUCAGGUUGACAACGACGAGGAUUCACAAUCAGACGAUGAGAGGGAAAUACUUGAAAAUCCUCCAGAAACAGAGAUGGAGCAGAUUCUGACUCAUAUAGCCGAUGCGAUUGACAAUCUAUUGUAUCUCAUUCCGCCAUUGAGAAGACGGCUGAUUAAUGUCGGAACGACCGAUGAGCCAUCACUUUUUGAGACCUUCGAUACCCAACACGUUCGUUCCAAGUAUCCCGAAAUAGAUCCUAUUGUAGCAGAGCGUCUCGGAAAGGCUAUUUCAGCUAGGCGGCAACUCUUGAAGCUCAUGCAAGACAAUCAGAGUUACUACUUUCAUAGUCGCAAAAUACCUAUACCAGAAUUGGAACUCCUUGCGGAGCAGAUUACACCGGAAGACCCGACACACACAAACAAUAAAGGUAACGAGGUCGGCCUUGAGAUUUCCUCUGUCACCUCAUGUUCGGCUGAAGAUGAUGGGCGAGCAAGUCGGGUCCCUGUCCUGCCCCAAGAAGCUACACAAGGUAAUUCAUUCCGCUGCGUGUAUUGCCAGGUCAUCAUAAAUGUAUCGUCCAAAGUUGAAUGGAAGUAA